AUGUUCUCCACAACCUCCACUUCAACCCCCAAAUACGGCUGGGAAGACGGCCCCAUGCAACUAAUCUCGACCCCGUUCUCGAAAACCGGUGCUACCGACCAAUAUACUUUUGUCGCCUCCGAAAUGGCCCUCGUCCACAACUGCAUCGCCCGCGCCUUCAACAGUAUCUACAAACAGGCCCCAUACGUCCAACCUGCCGAUUACUCAUCCUUCAUCUCGUACUCCUAUUCUUGUUACCAGGGACUCGAAGUGCAUCACCAUGGGGAAGAAACGUAUUUAUUCCCCGCGAUCGAGGAAGCGACGGGGAUUAAAGGACUUAUGGACGGUAACGUCAAGCAGCACGAAGCGUUUCACUCGGGCUUCCACGCUUGGGGCGAGUGGCUGAAAGCGCUGAAUUCCGGCACGGGGACGGAGAAAUUUAGCGGCGAGAAGUGUGUGCAACUCAUGGACGUCUUCCUCGUCCCACUAUCCAUCCAUCUCGUCGAUGAAAUUCCUUCUCUGCUCUCCCUCUCCCAAUUUGGAGACUCUCUCGAUCUCAAGGCCCUCACGCAGAAAGAGGCGGAUAAGGUGAUGGGAAGCAUGUCGAAGACCACCCAGUUGCCGGCAUUUUUGUUAAAUCAUGACGUUACGUUUGAGGGUGGGGUGCAUCAUUUCCCACCGAUUCCGACGCCCGUAGGGUGGGUGCUUAGGAAUGUUUUUGGGAGGGUUAAGGGAGACUGGUGGAGGUUUGCAGCUUGUGGGUUUGAUGGCAGGCCUAGGGGUUUGUUUGUUGGGGCUUGA